UGGCAGAGGUGGAAGCCGAGAAACGAAUCGUGAAGGCCUCUGUUAUCUUAUCUCAACUCUUUUCGGAGUUUCUUUCUUCCAUUUUCAUCACUUCAAACAUUUCUUCACAUUCCCCAAAUCUCUUCAUUCUUCUUCCAUUUGGGUCAACCGACGCCGUUCCCGGCUGAUGGACGCCAACAAUCAAGCCCAAUCCUCUCCUUACCCUCCUCCUCAGGCCCCUGUUCCGGCUCCUCCCUUCCAUCACCUCCUUCAGCAGCAACAACAACAGCUUCAGAUGUUCUGGUCCUUUCAACGUCAAGAAAUCGAACAGGUUAACGAUUUUAAAAACCACCAGCUUCCUCUUGCCCGCAUUAAGAAGAUCAUGAAAGCCGACGAGGACGUUCGUAUGAUCUCUGCCGAGGCCCCCAUUUUGUUCGCUAAGGCUUGUGAGCUUUUUAUUCUUGAACUCACUAUUAGGUCAUGGCUCCACGCUGAAGAGAAUAAGAGGCGGACAUUGCAGAAGAAUGAUAUUGCUGCUGCUAUCACGAGGACCGAUAUCUUUGAUUUCUUAGUUGAUAUUGUUCCUAGGGAUGAGAUCAAGGACGAGGCUGGGUUGGGCGGUAUGGUUGGAGCUACUGCUAGUGGAGUUCCGUACUAUUAUCCGCCUAUGGGUCAACCUGCGGGGGCUCCCGGGGGAAUGAUGAUUGGGAGACCGGCAAUGGAUCCCACCGGAGUUUACGCUCAGCCGCCGUCCCAGGCGUGGCAAUCCGUGUGGCAAACCGCUGCUGAGGAUGGUUCUUACGCGAGUGGGGCCAGCAGCGGGCAGGGUAAUCUUGAUGGUCAGAGCUAAGCAAUUCUUGUGUAGAAGAUCGAUCUGCUGUGUGGUGCAACAGAAAAUAGAAAAACUGAUGCGUUUUGCUGAUGGCCAGGGCGUUAAACGAAAUGUAUUUUUCUUUUUCACGUUUCCUUCUUUUCGAACAGGGUUAACAUUAGAAACGUGUAAAAACUUUAACUCGAUGUCGUCGAAUUGACAUUACUUUUGUUAACUUGCUAUUUCUACGUUCCUGAUAUUAAUUGGCUUUUAACAAUUUGUUUAAGAUCAAUUUUAACUA